AUGGGUUCCCUCCACGACUACGAUGACGUCCCCCAGCUCUCCGCCGGCGCGCUCAGUGCGCUGCAGGAAUUCCUCGGCGAACGUGACGCCCACACCAAGCAGUUCGAGGACCUGAAGGUUGCCGCCGAGGAGGACUUCUCCAAGACCGAGCAGCCUCUGUCCAUGGAAGCAUUCACCGAAGACUGGAAUGCCACUACUACCCUGGCCAAGCAACUGCUCGACGGGGCUACCGCCGACACCAAGAUAGCCGUCGUCUCGGCUCCCAGCGUCUUCAUUCAGCUCAAAAACCUUCUCCGAUCUGCCGACGACAAGACCCGGCCUGAGGUCAUAUUGCUCGAGUUCGACGAGCGCUUCGGCGUAUUUAAAGAAUGGGUGCCCUACGACUUCGCUUUCCCCACCCGCCUUCCACCGCAUCUCAAGGGCCAAUUCGACCGCAUCAUCUGCGACCCGCCCUUCCUCAGCGUCGAUUGUCAGACAAAGGCCGCCCUCACCGUCCGCUGGCUCGCCAAGUCGGCCGUGGAUCCAUCUGCACAACGCCUGAUCAUCUGCACGGGCGAGCGCAUGGAGAGCAUGAUCGGCAAGCUGUACGGCAUCGCCGGCGUUCGGACCACCGACUUCGAGAUCCAGCAUGCAAAGUGCCUCAGCAACGAAUUCCGCUGCUACGCCAAUUACGAAGCCCGCAACGUCUGGCAGUGGAACGCGGGCUGCGAGUAG